AUGUCGUCCCUCCUUGGGCCCUUCUCGUUUCACACCCAGCUCAAGAAUUACCAGGUCACUCUGGUGAUUCCGGCAGUGAAGGAAGGAGACAUCAGCCAUUUUGUGAUCUCUGAUAGUGCCAACGAUCCCUCCGGAAAGUCGAAACCGCAGCACGGUUGGAUCCAAGGAACCACGGGUCCGAACCUCAACGCCGGACGCCAAGCAGUCAUGGGAAUCAUGGCAUGGCGUUCUAGAAAGCUUCGAAGGAAGGCCGGGAACACGCUGCUGUGUGAAAGCAUCGCUCUCUCGACAGCUCUGGGCAGCUUGGAACGUCAAGUGGCCAUGCGGAACAGCUUGGUGGCAUCCAACUUCCCGCCGAAGGACAUGAUGCAAGACGACUACAACGAGCACAAACGCGCGGCCAUGAUAGCCUCACAAAAUGUGGAAGGAGCGCACAUGGAACCUAUGCUUAGCCUCCUCGCUUCGAACAAGUAUCAGAUUCAGGAAGAACAGGAAGUCCUGGAUGCUGGCAAGCAGUCCCAAUGCCGCUUGAAAAGCUAG